AUGACUGUUUUGAAUUUGUUGGCUACAAAAUCAUCUUCUUUCAGAAGCAAGUCAACGUAUGAGUUGAAGGAUCUGAGCAGGACACCCUUCGUUCCUUUGCAGAUGCUUGAAGCUGUGGUAUAUAAGACAGUUAUAAAAACAAGGAUUGACGAGAAAGUUCCAGAGUCACAAGUGGCUGGUGAUGUAGAGGAUCCACCAUCUGAUAAUAUAGUUGGUGACUCAAGGGUAGAAAUGCCAGUUUUCAUCAGAGUUAUCUUAGGUUACUGGUUUUUCGGAAAAAUUUACGAUGCAAAGCAGAAGCAUGAAGUAGUCGUAAAGCUGGCACAAAAAUUGAUAGAAAAAGAACAUUGGAGCCAUUACAUUUACUGUGAAAAUAUAGAUCCCGAAGUUAGCUCAUUUGGGAUUUCUUCAAGGAAGAAGAAUAAGGCACCCAACCCGCUCAUACAGGCAACAACGUUCGGCAUUCUUGAGUUGAUAAUGGCAAUCCUCCAAAAGUAUCCCGUGGCUGCAGACUCCUUUGACGAGAAUGGAAGGAAUAUAUUGCAUAUAACGGUGGAGCAGAAGCAUAGAUUUCUUUAUCAACACUUGAUGAAUUCUUUAGCUUACAAAGAUAGGAUGCUGGCAGAUAUUGAUAACCGAGGGAACACCAUCUUGCACCUCGCAUCGUGUGCCAAAAAUCAUGUCUUAACGAAGCAGGGAAGUAUUGAAAUGGCAAACCAGAUGAGUUGGGAUGUGCUUUGGUUCAAGCGCGUAAAGCACGACUCUUAUCCACACUUACAGCACCUUCGAAACAUGGAUGGAAAGACAGCAGAGGAACUAUUUGAAGAAAAUCACUCAUCUCUUCGAGAAGAAGCAGAGAAAGCAGCAAAACACGUGAGUGCUAACUUAAUUAUCGCCGCCACCCUCAUCUGCACAAUUAAUUUCGCAGCACUUUUCACUGUCCCUGGUGGCUUCAAUCAAAAUACCGGGGACCCCAUGCUCCUCUCCGAUCAUUGGCAGGAAAUGCAGUUCUUCAUGGCUUACAUAGGGUUAGCUCUGUUCUUCGCCUUUCUUUCCUUGACAAACCUCAUUCUAAUCCAAGUAUCGCGGUUCGACACCAAUGAUUUUCACAUUGCAGUUCCGGUAAAAACCAUAAUAUCCUCCCUCACAAUUAUGUACUCCACCGGCUUGUCCGCCACUGCUUAUUUGCAAGGCUAUAUACUUGAGAGCAGCCCGGGGACCUUCAUAGCCACCUUUAUGAUCUUUUACAUGUUCGUUGUUUGGUUUGUGUUGGCCCUCGUAAUGGUAGACACCACGUUCUCAACUUUCGAUUACAUGUACUAUGCACUUCUCCAUUUGAUUGCUUAUAAAAGUAGGGGCAUAUAG